UGCAGUCGCUGGUUGGCGCGCUGCCAUUGCAAGUGCCUCUUCCUUGCCUUCGUUGGAACCUGGAGAAGGGACAGACGGCGGGCGGCAAAGAAGAAGUGGCAUCAUCACUUCGGCCAAGUACAGAGGAGACGUACUGUUGCAACACCAUUUUUGAAGAGCCCGUCACUAUGGCAUCAAUGCUGCUCCUCGGAGUUGCAGUCAUGUUGUACCUUGCAUCUACAUCAGCUCAGCCUGCUCCCGGUUGCCAGGCACGUUGUGGAGAUGUCGAAAUUCCCUAUCCAUUUGGCAUUGGUAAAGACUGUGCAAUAGAUGCAGGCUUUAAAAUCAAUUGUAACACGACAGCCAGUGGAAUUAAGAAGCCUUUCAUCGGUAAUGUGGAAGUUCUAAAUAUCUCAGUGUCCCGUGGCAAAACUCGGGCGCUAAACAAAAUGUCAACAUAUUGCUACGAUCAUACCACAACAAAAAUGGAAGAAAAUCUGUGGUGGCUUGACUUCUCAAAAUGGCCAUAUCGGUUCUCUAAUACAGACAACAGGUUCAUGGUCAUUGGCUGCAACACACUCGCAUAUAUCUACAAUAUAAACAACAGGACAGGAUACACGACUGCGUGUGCAUCGGUGUGUGCAAGCCCAAGGGCACUGACAAAUGGUUCGUGCUUAGGUGUAGGCUGCUGCCAAAAUGACAUACCCAAUGGCUUAACCCGGUAUGAUGUCCAAUUUUAUAGUGUGUACAAUGAUUCAGAUAGUUGGCGGUUUAAUCCAUGCAGCUAUGCUGCGCUAGUGGAAUCAGAGACUUUUAAUUUCAGCAGUGAGUAUAUAACCACUAUGAAGUUUAAUGAGACCUAUGGGGGACACCAGCCACUGGUUCUGGACUGGGCAAUUGGCAAUGUAACAUGUGAUGUGGCUAGAAGCUUACCUUCUUAUGCAUGCCGUGACAGACAAAGUCUGUGUGUAGAUUCAGUCAAUGGCCCUGGCUAUCUAUGCACUUGCCCCAAGGGGUACAAAGGAAAUCCUUAUCUCUCUGAUGGAUGCACAGAUGUCGAUGAAUGCAAGGAAAACCCAAGCCAAUGCCCUAAGGGUGCCACUUGUCGCAAUACAGCAGGAGACUACCGGUGUUCAUGUCCUCCAGGAAGAAAGUUUUCAAAGGACACAAACUCCUGCAAUCCAGACAUUCACCUUAUAAUAGGUGUUUGCAUUAGCUCCAUUGUUCUAGUUAUUAUCAUCUUCUGCAUACGGCUAAUAUUUGAAAGAAGAAAACUUUCAAACAUUAAGCAGCAGUAUUUUCAGCAGCACGGAGGACUCCUAUUGUUUGAGAAGAUGAAAUCAGACCAGGGGCUUGCAUUUACGGUGUUUACUGAAGCAGAAAUAGAACAGGCAACAAAUAAAUUUGACAGUAGCCAAAUUCUUGGGCAUGGAGGACAUGGCACUGUUUACAAGGGAAUAAUGAGGGAUGACAUUCCAGCGGCAAUUAAAAGAUGUGCAUUAAUUGAUGAUAGGCACAAGAAGGAGUUUGGUAAAGAAAUGUUGAUUCUUUCCCAGAUCAAUCACAAGAACAUUGUUAAGCUAUUGGGUUGUUGCCUUGAGGUUGAAGUCCCAAUGCUAGUGUAUGAGUUCAUCCCAAAUGGGACAUUGUUUGAUCUUAUACAUGGCAAGAACCGAACAUUGCAUAUCCCUUUCAGUUCUCUCUUGAGGAUUGUCAACGAGGCAGCUGAUGGACUUGCCUUUUUACACUCAUAUGCGAAUCCACCUAUCCUACAUGGUGACGUGAAGAGCUCUAACAUCCUUCUUGAUGAGAAUUAUAUGGCAAAGGUAUCAGAUUUUGGUGCCUCCAUACUAGCACCUACUGAUGAAGCCCAGUUUGUGACGAUGGUUCAAGGGACGUGUGGUUAUCUAGAUCCUGAAUAUAUGCAAACAUGCCGGUUGACAGACAAGAGUGACGUUUAUAGCUUUGGUGUUGUCCUUUUGGAGGUUCUCACUGGGCAGAUGCCAUUAAAACUUGAAAGUAACGAGCUACAAAGAAGCUUGUCAUCAAAUUUUCUACUGGCUAUGAAGGAGAACAAUCUUGAUUCUAUGUUAGACAGUCAAAUAAAAGGGAAUGAGAACAUCGAGUUGCUUAGAGGACUUGCAGAGCUAGCAAAGCACUGUCUGGAUAUGUGUGGUGAUAACAGGCCCUCAAUGAAAGAGGUAUCUGAUGAGCUUAGCAGAUUAAGGAAACUUUCCAAGCAUCCUUGGAUACAACGUGACACUGAGUUGGAGAGCUUUCUCGGUGGACAAUCGAUGAACAGCUUCGGAAUAGAUCAAAGCACAGAGUACUCAGGAAAAGUUGAGGAAAUGGCCAUAAACCCAAGCAGUUCGUACUAUGUUAGAUAAAAAAGUAGCAUGGCUUUACUUUAGCCAAUGGUGUUCCUCAGAAGUAAAAUACUACCGCUAUAUGUUAAAUUUCACAAAUGUAAGUCAACAAUUCAGGAUUUUGUCUUAGUUUGAGAUUAUGUAGACAUAACAUAAUUUAGGACGAAUGAUUUUGAAAAACAGAGGUGCUACAAGGUACCCGAUGCUAAUUUGCUAGUUUUCAUGUAAACUAGUGCGAAUGUACCAAGCUUGCGGAUAUUGAAGGUCUGAGCUUAUA